UCCCUCCCGCCGGUCGGGGAACGGGGCUGCAGCGCCGGGGCGGCCGAAGUGCCCGUUGGGUCCCCGGGCACCUCUCUGCGGGCCGGCCGCAGCGCCCAGCGCAGCUCGCUGACAGGCGCCUCCGACCCGCCCGGGUCGCGGCCUCCACGCCCCGGCGCGGCCCAGCGCUGCCAGGGCAGGGCGGCAGCCCGCCCCGCCGGGGAGGGACGGGCUCCGUAGGCAAAAUGGCUCAACGGAGCGCGGGCCGGGCCCUCCGGGCGCUGCUGCUGCAGCCUCAAGCCCGGGCCGUGCCGCUCGCUCCCCGGGGACCGGCUGCCUCCUACGGUACUUCAAUAACAUCUGCCAAGAUUCAAGUGAAUGGAGUCCACCUGCAUUAUCAGCGGACAGGAGAAGGAAGCCAUGCAGUUCUUCUGCUUCCCGGAAUGCUAGGGAGUGGUCAAACUGAUUUUGGACCACAACUUAAGUCUAUGAAUAAGCAACUUUUCACAAUUGUUGCUUGGGAUCCUCGGGGAUAUGGACGGUCCAUUCCUCCAUCUCGAGACUUUCCUCCAGAUUUCUUUGAGAGGGAUGCAAAAGAUGCUGUGGAUCUUAUGCAGGCACUGAAGUUUAAGAAGUUCUCUUUGCUGGGCUGGAGUGAUGGUGGAAUUACAGCACUCAUUGCAGCUGCCAAGUAUCCAACUCUUAUCCAUAAGCUGGUUGUCUGGGGAGCAAAUGCCAGCGUUACUCAAGAGGAUGUGAGAAUUUAUAAUGGCAUCCGAGAUGUUUCAAAAUGGAGUGACAAGGUCAAGAAACCACUGGAAGAGAUGUAUGGACAUAGCUACUUCGCAAAAACCUGUGAGGCUUGGGUAGAUGGAAUAUCUCGCUUUGCUGAAAAAUCAGAUGGUAAUAUCUGCCAAGAGUUGCUGCCAGAUAUUAAAUGUCCCACAUUUAUAAUUCACGGUGAGAAAGACCCUUUGGUUCCACAAGCUCAUGCAGAAUACAUUCAUAAGCACAUCAAAGACUCUCGGUUGCUUCUGAUGCCAGAAGGAAAGCAUAACUUACACCUGCGUUUUGCAGAGGACUUCAACAGACAAGUGGAAGAUUUCCUGUGUUGACUUAAAUAGUAAAACAAGUUAGAGUUGUA